CACUAGUGAACCAGUAUCCUUGGGUUCACGAGGCUGACCGUUAAUCUCCGGGGGUGAGGAGAUCCAACAAACUUGACCUUAUAAUCCCGCUUCCACCCCUUGCUUGCAAUUCACCCACAACCCUUCCAAUUCCAGUCGUUCUUUUAGCACUCCAGUCACUCGUUCAAAAUCGGUUGUGUUUUUUUUUUCUCUUGGACUACGGCCCUUGUUGUCCUGAGCAUUCUUUGCAUAUACCCCCUUUCAAUAAACAAACCCCCUGACCCCGUUCAGCACACCACACCACACAACACCACACAGCAACCCCGAGCCCCAUCACCAUGCGUCUAUCCACCCCCGCACUGCUCGUGUCGCUGACCUCGCUCGCCUCGGCGAUCAGUAUCACCCAGCCGGGGCUCAACGCGACCUACGCCGCCGGUUCCACCGUGACCGUGGACUGGACCAGCGUCGACACCGACCCCAGCUCCUUCAGCCUGUACUUGUGGAACUUCGUCUCGUGGCCGCCAACCUAUGUCCCUCUGGCCCUGGACAUCCCCACCGCCGACCUCACCCACCGCGUGCAGAUUCCCUGCGACACCGACGCGGAAUGGGGAUACCAGAUCAGUGGCAUCAACGGCACCAACGUGUACAUUAUCUACGCGCAGAGCGAGAAAUUCACCGUCACACCGCCUGUCCAGAACUGCUCUGAUGCAGCUUCCUCGUCUGCGACCGUUCUGCCUCCUCCCUCGCGCACCCCUGCGGCUCCCACCUGCGCGGCGCCAGCCACGCAAACCGUAUAUGUCACGGUGAGCCCCACCGGUUCCAGCUCUGUCUCCCACCACCAGCACCACCACCACAGUCACCACUUCCACCAUCAUGAUCCUUCUUCUGCCUCGCAUGUACUCCCCGCUGCUACCCCUGCUAUCCCUGCCGUUGUUGUUCCCGUCGUCACUUCCAAAACCGUGAAACCUGGAAUCGUGCCUAAGACUAUUGGUUGGUGUUCAGACUAUUCCCACCCUGUGACCUUGAAGAUUGUGCCCACGCCGACCGCGGCGAUCGUGGAGGUUUCGUCGGGAGUGACGACGGUGGCGGUGACUGCUGCUCCGAGCGCUGGUGGGGAGGAUGCUGUGGUUGUCACAUCGGUGACGACGACUGUGAGUGUUGCUGGUGAGGGGUGUGCGUUUGCUUAGGGGGGUGGAGGAGCAAUGGGAACUGAACCAUUGGCACUGAACUCGAUGGUGAACCUCCGUCAUACCAUCCAAGCCACCCCUCCCGACGAUGUAUAAACAGAUGUAUUGU